AUGGAUAAAGCUGCCAUAUAUGGGAUCUUGUUGGUUACCGUCCUGACGUCUCAGAUAAACUGCCAAGAAGCUAUUCUUCAUAUUUCAAGUGGAAGCACAGAACAGGAUUUCUGCAUCGUUAACAAUAACUCAUGGACCCCCCUGUCGAAAACCCUCGAUGGAGCUGUGCAGUAUCCACUGGUGAUGAUAUCAACUUUAUUAUGUGACUCCUCUGGAGUCGAUCCAGCGAUGGUGAAUGGUAAAGCGUUGGUGGUAAUGAGGGGUGACUGUACUUUCAGUCAAAAGGCUUUGGUCGCACAAAUGCUCGGUGCUACAACGUUGCUCAUUGCUAGCAACAAAACUCUGGUGCCUCCCUCCACCAAUAACACACAGGAAUACUCACAGAUCCGUAUUCCUCUGGCCCUGAUGAGGUACAUGGACUUCUUGGAAGCACAACAAAUUUUUGGCAAUGAAAUGCAAGCAAAGCUUUACGCGCCACCCUCUCCAAAGAUUGAUGCAAGCAUCGGAGUCAUGCUGCUGAUCUCUGUUGUUACCGUUGCCUUGGGAGGCUACUGGAGUGGAGCCUGUGAGAGAGAAUGUUUGAAUUCAGGUACUGGAGGGGAAAGUGUAGGCAACAAAGCGAACAGUGGAGAUGUUUCGCUCUACUCUCCUCUCAAAGUGUUCAUUUUUGUCGCCAUCAUGUGCGGCAUGUUGAUCCUCAUGUAUUACUUCUAUAAUAUUCUAGUUUAUGUCUUCAUCGCCAUAUUCAGCCUCGCGUCCGCCAUCGCGCUGUUCAGUUGCUUCGAUGCAGUGCUGGAGAAAUUGGGCUGCCCCUCUGGGAGCUUCACCAUUUCCAACCACAGCUUUUCAGUGAGAUCUCUCAUUUUGGCCUCGGUGUGCAUAAGCAUAUCUGUGGUCUGGGCUUUCUACAGGAAUGAAGACAGGUGGAUCUGGAUCUUGCAGGAUCUUCUGGGCAUUGCCUUCUGCCUCAACUUCAUAAAGACUAUCCAGCUGUCCAGUUUCAAAAUCUGCACGAUACUCCUCAGUCUUCUUCUUGUUUAUGACGUCUUCUUUGUUUUCAUCACACCUUUCUUCACCAAGAAUGGCGUUAGCAUUAUGGUGCAGGUGGCUUUGGGCCCAGAUGCAUCAGGACAAAGGACAGGAGGCGACACGGUGGAAGUGCCAGCCUGGCCCCAGACUUCAACUGAGACAAUUCCUGUCCUGAUGCGUGUCCCAUGGUUAUCAGCCUGGACUCAGAACCUUUGUGGGAUGCAAUUCUCCAUUCUGGGUUACGGCGAUAUUAUUGUGCCAGGUCUGUUGGUGGCUUACUGCAGCAGGUUUGAUGUUUGGAUCAACAGCACUAAGAAGAUCUACUUCCUCAGCUGCUGCAUAGCUUAUCUGCUGGGAAUGAUGGUGACGUUCGCCGCGAUGCUGCUGUCAGGGAUGGGCCAGCCGGCUCUGCUUUACCUUGUGCCCUUUACCCUCAUAACCUCUGCGACAGUGGCAGGCUGCAGGGGUGAAAUAAAGCAGUUCUGGACUGGGACUUCCUAUGAGGUGUUGGAAUCCUCACAGGAACCUUUGUCGCCAGCCGAAGCGGAUCUCUCUCACGUCCACCGGGCUUUCCCUCCGAGGCGAAUAACACAGAGCCCCGCCGAUAGAUGGCUACAAGCCACGACGCAGCUCCCCCUGAGUCUCAACGGUGACGAGAAUGGCUCUCCAAAGAGCUCCAGUCUUUUGUUGGCCGACAUUCUCAGGUACCAUGGUUACAGGUUAGCCCAGCUCAAUCCGGUUUUUAACACUAAACUGGGCUAG